AUGAGCUCCCCCGAUAUCACUUUGUAUACCGCUCAGACUCCCAAUGGAAUUAAGAUCUCCAUUGCAUUGGAGGAGCUUGGCCUGCCCUACAAGGUCGAAAAGAUCGAUAUCUCCAAGAACACCCAGAAGGAGCCAUGGUUCCUCGAAAUCAACCCCAACGGCCGCAUCCCUGCCCUGACGGACACCUUCACCGACGGCCAGAAGAUCUCCCUCUUCGAGUCCGGCGGCAUUCUGCUGUAUCUGGCCGAGCGGUACGACAAGGACUACAAGAUCAGCUACCCGCGGGGCACGCGCGAGUGGUACGAGAUGACCAACUGGCUGUUCUUCCAGAACGCCGGCGUCGGCCCCAUGCAGGGCCAGGCCAACCACUUCGUGCGCUACGCCUCCGAGCACGUCCCCUACGGCAUCAACCGCUACGUCAACGAGACCCGUCGCCUGUACGGCGUGCUGGACAAGCGGCUCAGCGAGAGCCCGUCCGGGUUCCUGGUCGGGGAUCACAUCUCGUUGGCGGAUAUCUCGCACUGGGGGUGGGUGACGUGCGCGGGCUGGUCGGGCGUCGAUAUCGACGAGUUCCCUCAUCUGAAGGCUUGGGAGGAGCGGCUGUUGAAGCGCGAGGGGGUCGAGAAGGGUCGCCAUGUGCCUUCGCCGCAUACGAUCAAGGAGAUGAUUAAGGAUAAGGAGGCGGCUGAGAAGAGCAUGCGCGAGACGAGGGAGUGGGUGUUGAAGGGGAUGCAGGAUGAUGCGGCUAAGAAAUAG